CCUUACUGCCCUUAGCGAACCAACCGCUACUGAAUUCCGCUCUUUUGGGUGUCACUUGAUGAUUUUCCAACUGCAACUACAUACAUAAACAUUUGUCCAUUUGAUACCUAUGCAUACGGCAUUUUUUACUUUGACGAAUCAGAAUCCCGACCUUAGUCUCUCUCUUCUGCUGCUCCUGCAUAACCUACGUAAGGAAUAGGAUUACGUGCAUUAUAUUCUUUAUUUCUCGCUUACUAGGUACCAAGUAAUCUUCUCUUCGUACCGUGCCGUAAGAGGUAACCUUCAAUUCUCACCUAAUCAUCCUUCCGUUCUUUUUAUUUAUUCUUUUUUUAUUCUUUAAUGUCUUCGAAACCAAACAACAUUCGCUUGUCCAGCAUACCGGCUCGCUUAAAACCGACGUCGCAAUAUUCGAAAGCCGAACCAUCACCGCUAUUAUCCGCUAGUUCCUUCGGGUCCAGCGUUGAAGAUUACAUCGGAAGUGGCACCGACACCGUAGGAGGUAGAACUCCGGUCUUCGGCAGGCGAUUGUCUUUCGUUCAGGAAGACGACGAAGCCUCGGAUAUCACACAUCUUCGUAGCCCUCAUAGGUUCGACAUAGACUAUUCUGAAUACUCGGACGACGACGACGGUACCAUGCCCGACAGCGCCAAACGAUCAGCAUUCCUCCGUCCGUCUGACGGUCGAUCUGUCACACCGCUUCUAAAGAAAUCGGACGACGACGAUCGCGGCAGGACACGGUAUAACAACUCGCGGCCGACAUCACCUCUCCCGAUACCCUCUGUUUCUACACCAGCCUCCGACCGACCAACCUUUAGCCGCCGCUCCACCAUGAGAUCUCGGUCUCCUGAUACCCAAGCGCGGAUGGCAGUGCGCAAGAAAUACACGUACGCGUCCAUCUUCCUGAUCGUGUCGUUAAUUUCCUUCUGCGUGCAGACGGAGCUGGGACGGUACGUGCAGCACGAGCUUGGUUGGGAUAAGGCUUACUGCAUGUUAUAUCUUACACACGGGUCGUGGGCGCUGCUUUGGCCGGCCCAACUACUUAUCCUGCGGUUGCAGAAUUGGAACGUGCCGUGGCCAACCUUCUGGAGGAGGCACGUCUACUUGUUGCGCUCAACGGCGCAUAUGGUCGCACAUCAGGAGCUCGACAUCCCCGGGCACGUUGUCCAGCGCAGUCCAAUACCCUACAUCUUGCGCACCACUGCUUUCGUUACCACUUCUUUAACAGUAGCAGGCCUGAGUUGGUACGUUGCCGUCAGCAUGACUACCCCCAGCGACUUAACCGCCAUCUAUAACUGCUCUGCAUUCUUCGCCUACGCUUUCAGCGUACCCCUACUCAAGGAGAAGUUGCGCCUCGACAAGUCGGUUGCGGUGCUGAUCGCCAUUGUUGGCGUCAUGGUUGUCGCGUAUGGCGACUCUAAAUCUGGCGCGGGAGUUGAUAAAGAAGCAGAAACUGAGGCCGGCACGCGAUUCCUCGGCAACAUGAUCAUCGGCGCGGGGAGCGUGCUGUACGGGCUCUAUGAGGUGUUAUAUAAGCGGUACGCUUGCCCACCCGAGGGUACGUCGGCAACGCGGGGCAUGAUCUUCGCCAACGCAUUUGGAAGUUGUAUCGGGGCCUUCACACUUUUCGUGCUAUGGAUUCCUUUGCCGAUUCUCCAUAUUCUCGGCUGGGAAACCUUUGAGCUGCCCACUGGCGCAGCGGCAUUCUAUCUCUUCGUGUCGGUGAUCAUGAAUGCGACAUUUGCGGGCAGCUUCCUAGUGCUAAUCUCAUUAACGAGUCCCGUGCUAAGUAGUGUCGCUGCGCUGCUGACAAUUUUCAUCGUGGCACUAGCCGACUGGAUUAUCACGGGAGAGGGCAUGAGUCCAUCAGCUCUAAGCGGUGGGUGUCUGAUUGUGGUAGCAUUUAUAAUGCUAAGCUGGAGCACCUGGCGCGAAAUGACAGAAGACGCAGAGCGCAAGGCGGCUGUGGAUGUUGUCGGUCCGGUCGACUGGAGUAGUGAGGACAGCGAUAAGGAUGCUGGCCGGUUGGAUUAGGGUGAGAAUUCCCAGCUUACGCAGACGGCUGUGCGUUACUUUUGUUCGUUCUACUGUAUUAUGGCAUAUCCAUCGGAAUAUAGGGGUUACAUUGUCCCGGAUGGAACCAGCUCAUAGGCUGUAUCCUGGAGGGGGGAACAAUCGGAUUAGAGCGACGUUAGACACCAGCACUUUGCAUCUUUCCCAUUAUGCCUAUGAGGAUCUAGGGAUUACCUGGAGCAAUUUGGCUAUUCUAGACGAUGGAAGAUGUGGAUUUAUCGGUAUCGUUACCGCGCAUAUAGAAAUAUGUAUGCUGUUUCGGCGUUUGGGGCGCCUCGGUCUCGGUCUUGAUCUCGGUUGGUGUUUUAGGCUGGAUAAGGAUGAAUAGGUCAUGGCCGGUUAUAGAGGUGGUGGAACAACGCCUGCUUACCUUACCUGGGUAAAUAUACAAGUCUCGUGCGCACGGUUAAUGUAUCUAUGACAUCUAUUGCAUAGGAACCCGGUGCACUGGCUCGGUUAUGCGGAUAUAUAGGCACUUAUACUAUCGACUCACUGUCAUAUCAUAUUCGAGGAUGGUAUACUUGAAAUACGAAAAUAAAACACCCU